AUGUUUAGACUAUUCAUGCAUCUUGUAGUUUCUAGAAAAAAUGUGGUAAUUGUAAAAUUACACCUCAUAAGUUUGUGGUUGUUACGAUGCUAUGGAUGUGAGCCACAGCAUAUUUCAACAUUGUGCUUUGAUACGAAAAUGGCUGAUGUCUCAAAUAAUGAUCGCAAAGUGAAGUUUACUAAAAACGGGAAAAUCGUUAAAAGACGUCUAAGGAAUCCAGAAGAAUGGCACAAACAAAAACAAAAGCGGCUAAGAAUAGCUGGCUUAGAAUAUAUAAACGCAAAUGGGAAAGUGGUACCACCAAAACGACCGGGUCCCGAUUGCAACUGUCGAAGACAAUGCUUUCAGAAGGUUCCUGAAGAUAUUAGACUAAAAACAUUUCAAGGAUUCUACUCCAUGAAAACUCACGACGAACAAAAUGCUUAUUUGUUUGGACUAAUGAGACAAGUUGAUGUCAAGAGAAAAAGAGUUAAAUCAAGUAGUCGUCGUACUUGCACGUUUGAAUAUUUCGUCAGAGUAAAGGGGCGAGAAACUCAGGUGUGCCAAACAGCCUUCAAAAAUAUACAUGCUAUCACUGAAAGAAAAGUCAGAGUUCUAUGUAAGAAGAUGGAUGAUGGUGUUAUGUUUCCUAGUGACAACCGAGGUAAAAAUAGUCACCGCCGUAGUGGAGAGGUUCGUCUGCCAUCUGGAAUGCUAGAUCAAAUAAGAAAUCACAUUUAUUCUAUUGUUCACACACAUAGACUAAAAGAUUUCAUCAGAUUGGACAAAAUUGCUGGAUUGGAAAUAAAUAUUUCGAAAAUGUGGAAAGAUUACAUUAAGACUUUUGAUCCUGAUAACAUAUCAGCUACUAUGCCUAGAUCUAAAAGAAGCAUGGAGCUAGUCCCACAAGUGGAGCAACCACAGCAGGAACCUCAAAUUACACAAGAGGCUUUGGCUCCCAUUGCAUAUCCAGGAAGUGGUCAUCUGGUAAAUAUAGCUGAAAACUAUUUCCAAAAUCAGUAUCAGACAGCUACAUUGACUACAGCCCCAGCAACUAAUUUCUAUCAAACACCUAAUGGAGGACAAAGCAUGGGUAUUUUACUGCAAUCUGCACCAAGGCCUGCACAGCCGACCACAGCAUUCAUUGUAUUGCAAGCUAAACCUGAGCCCCCACAACACUCCACUAUCACAAUAGAUAACCCUUACACACAUACUACUACAACUGAAAUGAUGCAUCAUCAUGUUGAUACAAAACCAGAAAAGAAAAUUAAGAAAGAAAAGAAAAGAGGUCCAUUGGUUAAGCAGUGGAGGUACACUAAUAUAUUCCAUGAUGAAAUUAAUGGAGCAGCAUUGGCAGCUAUCAAAACUAGACUAGGGAUGUACUAUGCUGAGAGUGAUGCUGCCCGCAAGAAGGCCAAGCAGGCACAAGCUCAGGUUCAGGUGCGCCCUACAGAAGUGGUACAAACACAAACUCCCCCAGAACAGGUUCCUCAAAUGAGACAGACGCACACAGUUACUAUAUACACUUAA